GCAAUGAAGACCAUCGAGGAAAUUAAACAGGAGUUUCCACUGCAUUGGCAUGUUUGGGAAAAUAAUGUGGAGGAAUUACGAGAAACUCUAAAGAAUGGAAAGAUUGAUAAGGAAAAAGUCGAUCCCAGAGGCCGAACCCCAUUGAUGUUAGCGGUAAAAUUGGGCCAUCUACAAUGUGUGAAAUGUUUGCUAUCCGCCAAAUGUAAUGCCACUUAUGAACAUGAGGGUUGGUCAAUCGUGCAAGAGGCCGUGUGUACUGGCAAUGAAGAUAUACUAACUGCCAUUUUAGAGGUACGUGAUUUGCAACGCCAUGUCCAACGUGUAACACAUGUUCCAAAAUUAUUGCAACAUUUGUUGGAUGCUCCUGAUUUUUACAUCGAAAUGAAAUGGGAGUUUACGUCAUGGGUUCCAUUAAUGGCACGGCUCUGUCCAAGCGACACUUAUCGUGUCUAUAAACGUGGAGCAAAUGUUCGUAUCGAUACCACAUUAUUGGGCUUUGAUAACAACACAUGGCAGAGAGGGAAUCGCUCCUAUAUAUUUAAAGGGUCUAAUGAAAACGCUACAAUGAUUGAAGUUGAUCAUGAUACACGUGAAGUUAUGAUCGAACAAAUGAAUUCGGAAAUUGGUGACAUUAUUGCAAUACCACCACCAAUUGGUGGCGUGAAGGCCCGUCUAAAUGCACCGGUUAUAACGAAUAGCAUUGAAAUGGAAAAGAUCAGUUUCGAAAGAAAUAAAUCAGGUAUAUGGGGUUGGCGUAGUGAAAAGUCUGAAGUCAUAAAUGGUUACAAUUGCAAAGUGUAUGGUGCAAGUAAUGUGGAAUUUAUUACCAAAACUCGUAUGGAUCAUCUAACGGAAGAGCAAAUUAAGGCCAAGACAUCAAGAACGCCAUUCCAUAACUUUUUGGGCUUAGCCGAAGAAGAAUAUAUAUCAAGUCCAGAUUUAGCAAAUUUAAGAGAAAGGACCCCAACGCCGCAUACUGAGGAACAUAAUGAAAAUGGUGAUGAGGCAUCCAACAGCAAUAGUUCCAACAAUUCCGGUUCCAGUUCCCCCAGAACUGUUAUAACUCCCCAAGAAUACUUUUCUAAUGAUGUAGAUUUGGGGGGUCGUGAUAUUGGUCGGCCAAAGAAACUAAAUACCAAAAUACAACGUUUCAAAGCCAAUCUCUGGCUUUGUGAAGAUUAUCCAAUGCGUUUACAGGAACAAGUACUUCCAAUCUUAGAUCUUAUGUCCACCAUGGCUAGUCCUCAUGUGUCCAAAUUAAAAGACUUCAUUACAAUGCAACUGCCUUCCGGUUUCCCAGUUAAAAUUGAGAUACCCCUAUUUCAUGUCCUGAAUGCAUGCAUCACAUUUGGCAAUGUCUUUGGUAUGACCACACCGGUGGAGCAUGUAACAACGAUUAAUGAAGAUGAUCGCAUUACAUGUAUAGUGGAUGAUGUUUGUUUUAACGAACCUCUACACUAUACCAAGAAAGGAGCAGACGUAAGGCGCCAAAUGCCAUUAGACGAAGACGAUAUGCUGCAAUACGCCAUUGAACAAAGUCUAGUCGAAACAACUGGCGGUGCUUGUAGUGUACAUAAUUUAGAAAGUUCCUCAUCGUCCACGGAUAAAGUUGAUAUAUGGGAAGCCCUGAGAGGUCAGGGAGUCGGAGCUGAAGAUGAAGAAGAUGAACAGCUGCAAAGAGUGCUACAGGAAUCGUUGUGUGCAGUUAAUGUGGCAAGUUCUCCUGCUUCGGACGACGAUGAUGGCGGCUUUAAAUAUAUCGAUCCGGAUUUAGCGCUGGCUCUACGGCUGAGUCAACAGGAUCAGCAGCAAUAUGAAUUGGAACGUAAACGUGAACAGGAAAUGAUAGAACAAGCUUUGAAAUUGAGCUUACAAGAGCAUUAAAUUGUGG